AUGUCAAAGAGUAAAGAAUCAGUAUUACCAAGUACUAUUGAGAUAACACAAGCACCAUACUGUGCUCUCUCUUUCCGAAGAAAAGUACUAAUUGUAUUAAUUGUUACUUUAGCAGGAUUUUUGGGUCCUGUGUCUGGUAACAUCUAUAUUCCAAUUUUACCCCAGUUGAAAAAUGUAUUUCAUGUUUCAACAACAGCUAUUAAUGGAACAGUAUCUGUUUUUAUGGUGGUUUUUGCCUUUGCGCCACUUCUAUGGGCUUCAUGGGCAGAUUUUGGUGGGAGAAAAAUCUUGUACCUUAUUUCCUUGAUAUUUUUUAUUUUGGCAAAUAUAUUAUUAGCUUCUGUUCCAGUACAUAUUGCUGCUCUAUAUGUUUUGAGAAUAUUGCAAGCAUUUGGUGCAUCUAGUGUUGUCUCAGUUGGUGCUGGAACUAUAGCUGAUAUUAUUGAACCUAAGAAUAGAGCAAAGGCAAUUUCCUAUUUCAUGUUGGGACCACAACUUGGUCCUGUAUUGGGUCCAAUUCUUUCAAUAAUAGCUGGUAAAGGUGAUUGGAGAUGGAUUUUUGGAUUUUUGGCUUUGUUUGGGUUUGCAGUUUAUUUGAUUAUUAUAUUUCUUUUACCUGAGACCUUGAGAUAUUUAGUUGGUGAUUGCUCUUGCUACGUUGGAACUUCAAUUUGGUUGAAACCAAAGCUUUUCCAAAAUCAAAUUGUUGAUGGUUAUCCAAAACCUGUUAAACCAAGCUUAAAGAACUUUUGGAAGAUAUUGAAAUAUAAACCAGUUUUGCUUUGUUCGAUCAAUGGUGGGCUUUUGUUUGCUACUUUUUAUGGAUUAAGUGUUACAUUUGGUCAUGUACUACAAAAUCAAUAUUCAUUCACCAAUAUUCAAACUAGUAUUUCGUAUAUCUGUCCUGGUAUAGCAAUGAUUGUUGGUUCUAUUCUGGGUGGUUGGUUAUCUGAUAAACUUCGAGCUAAGAUGAUUAAGCAAGAACCAGCUUCGUAUAUUCCAGAAAAGAGAUUUUCUUUACAAGUAUUUGGAUUGCUUAUAUCUAUGGCUGGUGUAAUUGGUUAUGCAUGGACGGUUCAUAAACAUGUUCAUGUAGCUGUGGUGUUUGUGUUUACAUUUUUGGCUGGGUUUGGAUUAACCUGGGUGUUUGUUGCCAACACCACUUAUUUAACGGAAUGCUCUACAGGACAGCCUGCUACUAAUGUGGCCAUUGGAAAUUUUAUGAGGAAUAUCGCUGCUGCUAUUUCAUCCGCUAUAAUUGAUAAACUUGUUGGAAAAAUGGGAUUUGGUUGGUGUUUGACCGGUUUAGGAUUGUUGGACCUUAUUGGAAUUGGGUUUGUUGUUGUGUUAUUAAAGUGGGGUCCCAAGUGGAGAAGAGAAUAUGAAGCUAAUUAG